AUGUUUGCUGCCAGACGGUCUGCUGCUUCGACAAGGCAGCUGCUGCGCCAGCCGCCUCGUCGGUUUGGCUCGCACUCCGCCCACUCCGAGCCCGUAAACGAGGGCUUUGGCCGCAGCUUCUACGUCACCGUUGGCGCUUUCGCCUCCGCGUACCUCCUCUACCGCAUCAGCAAUGCCAGCCAGGAAUCUGGCUCGGAAUCUUUCAUCGCCGGCCUGAUCAACAAGUACUCGACCUCUCAGGAGUCUCUCGAGCAGCGCAAUGCCAUCCACACCGCUCUUCUGGAGAAGGCCGCUGAGGACCGCCACCUCCUCCAGUCCCAAGGACCCCGCGAGGCUUUCGAGCUGAAGCAGCCCGACAUGUUCAACGCUCGCCCCCCUUAUAACGUCUCUCCCGGAUCCCAGGCUGACCUGAGCGCCGUGGUUGCCCACUACGAGCGCCAGAAUAAGGACAUUGAAGCCGCUCGGGUCGCACGGAUGAAGGACGGCAAGGUCGUGUCUAUCUACGAGUAA